ACUGUUAUGUGGGUUGUCUGGUUAGAAGCAUAAAAUAAUUUUAAGGACAGUUAAAUGUGGAAUUAUAUAUUUGCGAUGCUUUAAAAAAAAUAUAUUCAUAUAUAAAAAAUAUCAUCGCAUUUGCCUUAUGAAUAGAGAUUUAAUUUUAGAAAUAUAGAUUUUUCUUCGUUUUCCUUUCCUUUCUGUAAAGUCCAAACAUUUUGAUGAUACUUUUUACAUUUCACCUUUAAGGCUAAGUUAGUAUGUUCACAAAUAAUUAAUCCAUUAAAUGAUCUGCUGUGUUGUCGGAGUAAGCAGAUAAGACCAUCGGUGUUAAUUUUCUUGCCACAAGAUGUUAAGUCUAAAAUCUUUUUCAUUAGCAUCAAUAUUGUGUAUUGUGUUCCAAUUAAGCAGUACACAAGAUACACAGCAAUCAACGUAUACUUUAAAAGACGUUGAAAUUAAAUCAAAUGGAAAACCUGUUAAAAUCUUCACAACUGCCGACUUAAAGAAAUAUGAUGGAUCUGUAAGUCUGAGCCGUGAGAGGCGGUAUUCAAGCCGACAUUGAAGCCGAUAUUGAUACUGGCUACCGGAAAUUUGUUUAAAAGAAAAUUGAUCGAAUGAAAAUUUGAUCUAGAUUAAUCUUUUUUUUUCAGUUCACACAAUCAAAUGCAAAUUUUGAAAUGUUCCUCAAAUUUCUUUUGGAACGCACUACUAAAUAAUAAUUAUGUUCAAAAAGAAAUUUGACAAAAUUUUUACGUGUGAACUAUACUAUACUAUAAAAAAGAUUUGAUCAAAUUUCUGUUGAUCAAUUUUCCGUCUAUGUAAUUUCUUUCAAACAAAUUUCCAAUACUAAUAGUUACUAAUACGAUUGAUACUAGUAUAGUAUAGAGUAUAGAGUAAGUAGGCUAUAGACUAUAUAAAUAAUAAUUAUAGUUAUAGUAAUAGUCUUAAAAUAACUUAAUAAACUUAGACUUAGAACUAACUUAGAUCUUAGGACUUAGACUUAGUGGUAUUCUAAAUAACUCUGGUACAAUUAAAUGAGUAUAUUAUUAUAGCCCUAUCCUUAAAAUUGUAAUUAACUAACUGUUCCAGUCAUUCAUCAAUCACACUAAUUCAAAUAAUUAGCUUUGACUUUGUUUUAGUAUUUUCAGUUAAUUAGACUUAGGCCUACUUAUUAAUCUUGACCCCCUGUAGUCUGUAGUUCACCUUGCACCCCAAAAUUAUGGCCUGUACCGUAAAAUACUGUAAUGACAUAAUAAAUGAUAUUAAUAUUAUAUAUAUUAUAUAUAUAUGUGGCAACCUUCCAUCUUCACUUCAAAAUUUUGUAUUAGCACCUGGAACUAGACAAUGGAGAAGCUUAUUGAAUCUUCAUCAAUUGGCUUAUGGCAAGUUAUGGCUGAUCCUGGAAUGGCAUUCUAAUCUGCAUUCUCACAGGAAAACCAUAACUUCUUGUUACGAUAAUAAGGGGGGAGCGACUGGAAUCAGUUUAGGUAGAAGGAAAUAACUGAAACAAAGUAUGGGAAAACCUGGGAAAAUAAAGGUCACACAAAAUAACGAACGUUUCCACAGGUUGCCUUCUUCAGCAAAUAGGCUGUUAAACCAAUAUAAAAAUUUAAAUAAACACUUAGCUGCAAUGUAGUAGGGGUGUGCUGGAUCCGUUUUUUCCAACCGGAUCCGGAUUUUUUUAUGCGAAAUCCGCCUGAUCCGGAUUCCGGUUUCUCCCGGAUUCCGGAUUUUGGUACUAAUGGUAGAUACUUCGGUAAGUCAAGGUAGACUACUACUUUUUGUGUAUGGGAAUUCGCAAUCGGCGCCAAAAAAUCGAGUUUUUAAUUUUCCGAUGUGUGUCUAUUUAUUAUUAAAUUAGUACUUUCGAUAUAUAUUUGAGUUCCGUUUUCGGCCUUAUAAUUAGGUAGACAUCUUGGCCUAAAUUUUAAUCAAUUACUUUUUUCAUUUACCAUCAGUCAGCUUUGAGAAAAUCCUUGGUAAAUAUAAGGCAACUUUCAUCAUUAAAAUUAAGUCGAAGGAAAAAAUUUGUCACUACCAAAUUUUUUUUGCAUCUGGGGAAUCUAUUGAUCUACACGUAUGCCAAUUUUCACAGCGAUAAGUGUCUUACGAGAGACGCCAUGUUUCUACGCGUUCGCAGCAGGUCAUGCAGCUCGCUCAACCUAAUUUCGCCAUGGGGUUGGCCACGCCCCCCUUUUUAAUGGCGGAAGUUGACGAUACUUAGGAAAUAUUAAUUUAUUAUCACUAUUUACAUCAAAAUAAUUGAUAACUUGUGUUUCAGAAUGCAUUUAAAGACAUUUAAACUGGAAUGUUUUAAUUUGAGCUUUAACAACCCGGUAGAAUCCAUAUUAUAAAUGAUCAGAAUUUACCGUGUGCAACACGUUGUCAUUGGCAACCAUUCACAGCCACUUGCAUAACUGUAUCGUAGUACUACCUCAGAGUUUCAUUCAUAAGAGUUUGCCGUGUGCAAAAACUAUUAAACCAUUGGUCAGGGAAAGCUUUAAUUAAUUAUUCAUGUGCCAAAGUUGAAAGUUUAAACUAAGUCUAAACAGUAUUUUAGUGAUAAGGCAGGGAAUGCGUUGCCUUAUAUAAACUAUAUAGUCAUUGCGCAUGACGGGAUUGGCGGAAUGAGAUCACAGAAUGUGGAGAUGCAGUCCAUGUUAAAAAAUGACAAACCAAGUCGUACUUUAAAAAUUCAUAACUUUAAAACUACAACAGCUAAAAAUAUGAUUUUGGUGUUAUAAUUCUUUAAAAAAUUACAUCUUUUCAACUAUGCCAUUGGUUUAUUUUUACAAAAAGUUUAAAUUUUCUUAUCAAAGUCCCUACACUAUUGGCCACUAUUAGCGGUGCUGACUCUAGCCUCUGGUAUGUACGGAAUAUUAAACAUUAAACAAGCUCAACGCUCGAAACAAUCGAUUAAUGUAUCGUGAUCGUGUGGAAUUCGGGAAAGAGAAUUACUUUUAUUUCAGAUUAUGAUCCGGUGAGUCACAAAAUCUGGCAAAUUCCGAAAUCCGGUAUAUUCCGGAUUCCGGUUGUUCCGGAUACAUGUAAAUCCGGCGGAACUGGAUUUCACCGGAUAGUGCAAAAUCCGGCGGAACCGGAUUCCGGACCUGAUUCCGGUACACCCCUACAAUGUAGUAUCCGAGAAGACAGCAAGAGGGAUAUAAUAAAAAUUGCAUCAUGCUAUGAAGAAGUAUUGUCCGUCAGUUAAUAACCACUGCUUAAGCAACCCAGAAAAAAUGCAUCAGUUUACACGUGUGUUGCAGGAUGCCCUUGUAAAACGGUCAACAGUUGACACUUGACACCAAGUGAACGCAUCUAUGAGAUGCUGAGUACAAUUCAGCCAUCUCUGCCUAAGGGAAAAGCGAGCAUACAAAAUAAUGAUAUAAUAAUAAUAAUAUACAGGUGUCAUCAAUAUACUAAUAGUAAAAUUGAAUAAUAGUAGGACAAUAGGAAUAUAAUGUUAAGAUUGGCUGUACCUAGCUUAUAAAAGAUACAGCUUCAUACAAUAACUUGUAUCCAUUACUGACAUUACAUUUACAUUCAAUGUCACAUUGCAGCAGGAUUUUGAUGUACCAUUUAAACAUUUUUUUCUUUUCAGAAUGAAAAAGAACCAAUUUACAUGGGAAUAAAAGGUGUCAUAUUUGAUGUAACAGAGGGGAAAAGUAAUUUUUUUUUUUUAAUAAAAUGUUUGUUAUUAAUACCUAUAUAUAUAUAUUAUAUAUAUAUUUAAGAAAUAUAGAAAUAAAAAUACAUAAUAAAUUGAAAUUGUAUUGUAAAUGUUUCCUCAAAAUUUGAUUGCUGUAUCUUUAUAAUACAAUAAUAUCGGUGUCUUUGGAAAGCUAACAGCCAUCUUUUACCAAUGAUUUGCUAUUUGUUUAUUCAGUUGUAUUUGAGCUGGGGUACCUAUAUAUAGUCUUGUGUCCUAGUCCUAUAUUUAUCUAUAUAAAUACAUUAUGCUAUUACAAUUAUUAUAAUAUAGGCUAAUAAAAUAGCCUUAAUAUUAAUAAACUGCCAAAAUUUAAUUCUGAGUUUUCAGGAGAAUUGUGCAUUCUUCCUUAUUUAAAAUUUAUAAUCAUUCUCUUAACUCUGAUAUUUAAGUCUCCUUUAAGUUUAAAUGACAGCAAAGAUUUCACAAUUUAAAAAAAUCUUAACAUUAAUGGUCUAUUAGCUAGACAGAAUUCUAAAAAUGCAAAUUAAAGGAAGUGUAAUGUAACUUAUAAAAGUUAACAGUCCCAGGAUGCUUGGUUAUGACUUUUAUCUGCUAGGGUCAGCAGUUUAUUAUGUGACUUGACAUUUAAUUAUCUGAAGUAAUUAUAUUAUAAAAUAAUUAUUGUUUACGACAUUUUCUGUUAUUUUUUUAUUUUUUUUUGCUUUGAAGAGGUCUACUUUCCAUGUACUACUUUAAUUUGACCCUUCUAGACAACUGAACUACUUAAUGUAAUAUGUUUAGAUUAGCAUAUUUGUACAUGAAAAUUUUGUAUUAGCACCUGGAACUAUUGGCACAUUACUUUUGCAUGUAUAACUCUUAUCUUAGAUUUAGUUUUAACAUUUACAUUUUUAUUUCUUCCUAAUGAACAUCAGGGUUCUAUGGAAAAGGUGCUCCUUACAAUGCAUUGGUUGGUAUAGAUGCCACUCGAGCUGUUGCUAAAAUGUCACUUGAACCAGAGGAUCUCACAAGCGAUGUUGUAAGUUGAUUUUUAAACACAAAAAAAUAUAAUUUUCAUCCAAGAGCCAGAGUUGAAUAUGAAGACUUUGGUCUUUGUAAUAGUUCCUGUCUAUUGAUUUAUUGUUUGUGUGUAUACUGCAUUUUGUUUUUUUUACUUUCUGCUUGUAUUCAGGAUCAUAAUAUUUGGUUCACUGAAUUGAAUAGUAUGUAUACAGAUAGAGUGUUAGUAUAUUACUACCAAAUACUUAUACAGUGGCAGAUUGAAUAGGUCAGGGUGCUAUGCUAAAGAACACUUGAUACAAAGUUUUUAAGGCCUCAAAUUAAUUUUGAUAAAUUAUUCCAAACUAAUAUAAUAGAAUGUAAACAAGAUAAGCUGACAAAACCUGUGAGUUUAAAAUGAUGUUCUGACCUGUGUUUCUGUUUUUUUUUCAGACUGGUUUAGCUGAUGCUCACCUUGUUGCUCUUGAUGAAACUUUUGAAGGGACAUACAUGGCUAAGUACCCAGUAGUGGGCUACUUGGACUACUUAUUGGAGAAAUACCCUGAAAAGUUUGCUAAUGUGCAGACAAUCAGAGAAGAAUUGUGAUUAAAAUAUAUAGAUCAUGGUAUAAAUGUUACUUUUGUGUGUACAUUAUAUCAUUGUUCAUUGUGCCUGACAGCUCAUUGAUCAUAUACUACCACCAAAUUUUUGUUAUUUAUGACAAAGCUUUGUCAUACAUAUCCCUUUUUUAAGUUGCAGCCAAUGAAUAUUUUAUAUAUAUUUACUAUGAGUGUGUUUACUGAAAUUAAUGACGAUUUAAUUUUAAUCAAAAUUUAAUUUAUUUUCAUGAUAUGAAAUUGUUUGAUUAAUUUAUUGUUUCAUGCUGAACAAUCUAAAGGCUUUCUUGUAAAGGACAAGUUUACUUAUAUCACAAACUUAUUCGUAACUGUUUUUAAGCACUAAAGAAACAUAGAAGAUAACUUGUGUUCUUUUUUCCAUUAAGUGUUUUUUUUUAAAAUUAUACAUUUGUUCAUAUUUCUACUUCAUUUUUUAUAGUUUGAAAAUUGGUUCCCCCGUAAUGCCAUAUAUUUGUUGGAGAAAAUUCAAUAAUUUCUGUGUUGUGAUUUGACACAUUUAUUUUCUUUAUAUAUCUGUUUGUUAUAUUAUUUAGAGCAUAAAUUAUUAACUAUACAAGUACAAUCAAUUUAUAUUCAAUAUAUUUGAUGUUUUAAAACUGAAAAGUCAACAUGUUGUUUUUUUCCUUCUGAUUUGAUCCUUGAUUUACCAUCAGCUGAGGUUUCCCUGUUUCUGUAGCUGCUAUGCAGCCAGUUAGUUGGUUUUUAUUGUUGACAUUUUGCUUUAGGUUUCUAUCCUGCAUGAUAGCAUUCCAACGUUAACCUUAUUUUAUGGUAUUUGUAAUUUGAAAAUGAUAUCGCAUGUUAUGUUCAACCAGUUGCUUGAUGGUACCCAAGCAUCCCAAUUUGUUUAGUUUAAUCCUUAUGAUCAUAAAGGACUGCGUUCAAGCUUUGUGAAGGAAAUAGUAGAACAGGGUAUGUGGAAGCCGGAAAUGAAAGACAGGACCAAUGGAAAAUAUGACAAGAAAUAGAAACUAGUUAAAAACCUACAUGAUUGUCGACAGUAACAAUGACGAUCACUUAGGUUUCUUGUCGUGUUUUCAUUUGUCCUGUCUGCUGAGGAAGGCUUUUAACUUUUUUAACCAAAACUUUCUAAUCUUAUAGUCCUGUUUUUCGAUUCAUGCUUCCACAUACCGUGUCCUACUAUUUUCUAAUACAUAUGAUAAUCCACCACAAGCUGAACUCUGAUAAAUCCAUCUCACCACCGAGGCCCCAACUCCUCAUGUAGUUGAUUUUGUACACAUGAAAUUUUCUUCUUUUUUACUUUACUUUUAUUAUUUUUGGGGUUUGGCUACUUUUUUCAGUUAUGUUCCCGCAGAAAGUAAGAUAAUAAUUAAAGGUUUUAAAAUGAGCUUUUGGGUAUUUUCUUUUUAAACUUUUAAGUACUGAUAUUUGAUCUUACAAGUUAUUGAUGAAUAAUUUUUAGUUAAAUAGGAUUUUAGGGUCACUUAAUGCUGACCUGAUCUUUUUUUAAAAAUUGAAAGCCCCUUUUUGUCAUAAGAUAAAAAGACAUAUGCAUAGACAAAAAAUUAUGAAAUAAAUUUCAAGUAAAAGUGACUUUGCUACAUCAUAAAUGAAAGAGAAAUUUUUAUUUAUUUUAAAAAAAAUUAAUCCUUAAAUAAGAAAUGUCCUCUCCAGUUAAAGAAAAUUUUAGGUGCAAAAUGUUCACAUUGAAAUGUUUCAAACCCUGAAAAUUUCAUUGAUAAUAAUAGUUUUAUUUAUAUUCCCAUAUAUAUUUAUAUUCCCAUACAUUUUUAAGAUUCUAUGAGUUUCAUAGUAGAAGCCUAUAUGAUUAAACAGAAUCUUUGAUGUGACAAGUAAAAACUUGAUAGUUUUAUUAUUUCAGUUUUAUUCACUUGUAAUAUGGAAUUUGUUGUUGCUUUUGUCUUUAAAUUAAUGUUUUGAAGUUAUUUGACAAAAGUUGUGUGACAAAAAAAAAGUUAUUUACUUGUAUAUGUAGAAUUUGUAUAAUUUAAUUCUGUUAUUUAUAAAAUAAUAUUGAUAAUUACUUCAGAAAAUGGAGUAUUCUUACAUAGACUCACUAUAAUAUUUGGUUUGAAACUUGGAUUUAGUUGGUGUGGGUAACUUGUUGUGGGUUUGGGUCAUCUUGUUGUUGUUGUGGGUCAACUUGGUGUGGUUGUGGGUCAACUUGGUGUGGUUGUACUUGGUUUCGGUUUAAAAUACUUCACGGAAGAAUUGUUAUUUGUUUUGAAAAUGUCAUGAAAUAAAGUUGCUCAAUUUUUAACAUCUUUGCUAAAUCAUUG